GGCGCCGGGGCUCCGCCGUCCCGCCGGGUGGAUGCCAAGCGCUGCCCCGCCGGCCUCCGCCGCGCCGCCGUCGCGGGAUCCAGCAGCCAGCGGGAGAGAGAGGCCGCCGGCGGCCCCGCAGCACGGAGCCCGCCUGCUCGGCAGCACCAUGAAGGCGGCGGAGGAAGAACACUAUAAUUAUACAUCUUCAAACGUAAAUGCUGGCUUGCCUCUAAAUGUGGCACAUUCCUCAUUGUCAACUCCAUGUCAUGGCCUUCAGACAUCAAAUCCCAUCAUUUCAGUUGUCCCAUCAACAAACCAUCCUUCCGGAUACGGAGGACACAUUGACAGCGGGGCCUCUGACUAUUACCUGCCUCCAAACAUCAGACCUAAUGGAGCUCCAGCUCUGGAGAGCCCCAGAAUUGAAAUCACUUCUUACAUGGGACUGCAUCAUAACAACAACCAGUUUUUCCAUGAUGAGGUUGAGGAGGCCAUCCCAAAUGCCAAGCGAUCACCUUCCACUGCCACUUUGAACUUACCAAACCUUGAGGCAUACAGAGACCCGUCCUGCCUGAGCCCAGCUAGUAGCUUGUCUUCCAGAAGCUGCAACUCUGAAGCGUCUUCCUACGAGUCCAACUACUCGUAUCCAUACACUUCACCCCAGACCUCUCCAUGGCAGUCCCCGUGCGUCUCUCCAAAGACCACUGACACAGAGGAGGGGUACCAGCGUGGCAUGGUGGCCUGCACUUUGCUCAAUUCUCCAAGGCACUCGCCAUCGACAUCUCCCAGGACGAGCAUCACAGAGGAGAACUGGUUGGGGGCUCGCAGCUCCAGGCCUCCGUCUCCCUGCAACAAGAGAAAGUACAGCCUCAAUGGCCGGCAGACCUCCUACUCACCACAUCACUCCCCUACGCCUUCACCACAAAACUCACCGCGUGUGAGUGUCACAGAUGAGACGUGGCUGGGAAACACCAACCAGUAUACCAGCUCUGCCAUUGUGGCUGCCAUAAAUGCUCUCACCACCGACAGCACGAUAGAUAUGAAUGAUGGGAUUCCCAUCAAGUCAAGGAAGACUGCCAUUGACCACACCCCGUCCAUGACUCUGAAAACCGAACCGGCUGGCGAGGAUCAUGGGACCAUAUCGCCAACUGCCGACUUGUCACCAGAAGACUUCUCUAGCUUUCAACAUAUCAGGAAAGGAAACUUCUGCGAGCAGUACUUAUCAGUGCCACAGCAUCCUUACCAGUGGGCCAAACCAAAGUCUCUGUCUCCUACAUCCUACAUGAGCCCAUCCCUGCCUGCCCUUGAUUGGCAGCUGCCAUCUCACUCAGGACCUUAUGAACUGCGUAUUGAAGUGCAGCCUAAAUCUCACCACCGAGCUCAUUAUGAGACAGAAGGCAGUCGAGGGGCUGUGAAGGCAUCUGCUGGGGGCCACCCUAUUGUACAGCUCCAUGGUUACUUAGAAAGCGAGCCCCUGACGCUACAGCUGUUCAUUGGGACUGCAGACGACCGCCUGCUGCGACCCCAUGCUUUCUACCAGGUUCAUCGAAUCACUGGGAAGACUGUUUCCACCACCAGCCACGAAACAAUACUUUCCAACACCAAAGUCUUGGAAAUCCCACUUCUUCCAGAGAACAACAUGAGAGCAACCAUUGACUGUGCUGGAAUAUUAAAGCUCAGAAACUCUGACAUUGAGCUGCGGAAGGGAGAAACAGACAUUGGGCGGAAGAACACACGUGUGCGACUGGUCUUCCGAGUUCACAUCCCACAGUCCAAUGGGAGGACCCUCUCUUUGCAAGUAGCCUCCAACCCCAUCGAGUGCUCUCAGAGAUCUGCCCAAGAACUGCCUCUUGUGGAGAAGCAAAGUACUGACAGCUUUCCUGUUACUGGAGGGAAAAAAAUGAUUCUGACUGGCCAUAACUUUCUGCAAGACUCGAAAGUCAUCUUUUUGGAGAAAGCACCAGAUGGUCACCAUGUGUGGGAAAUGGAAGCCAAAACUGACAAAGAAAUGUGCAAGCCAAAUUCAUUGGUGGUUGAGAUACCACCUUUCCGCAAUCAGAGAAUUACCAGCCCUGUCCAGGUCAACUUCUAUGUCUGCAAUGGAAAGAGAAAGAGAAGCCAGUACCAGCUUUUCACCUAUCUUCCUGCUAAUGUUCCAAUUAUAAAAACAGAACCCACAGAUGACUAUGAGCCUGCUCAAACCUGUGGACCAAUGAACCAAGGCUUAAGCCCUCUCUCUAAACCAUACUACAACCAGCAGAUCAUGAUGCCCCCUGAUCCUGGUUCGUGCCUCAUGGCUGGCUUCGCCUCCUGUCAGCAGAGGAACACGGUGAUGUCACCCUCUCCCAACGCAAGCCCCAAGCUGCACGACCUUUCAUCCUCUCCUUACAAGUGCAUCCCCAACCCAGGCCACAGUCACCUCGGACUUCAGCAGCCCGCUGGAGGUGUCCCCACCAUACAGGAAGUGCCAAGGUCUAUAGUUGUGCACCCAAGCUCCCCCGAGCAAUCAUCUCACAUCAUGCUGCAGCCGCAGGUGAGUCAACAUCUGAGCAGUAGCUGUCCCCUUGGUUAUCAACAAACACUCUAUCCCAACAGUCCCUCUUCUCCAGUUCCAUCUGUUACCCAAGAGCCAACCUAUUUGCAGUCCUGCAGUCCAACUCACUCAUCCAUAAUGGGUCAACAGCAGCAGCAACUGCCGAAGGUUCACAGAAAUGAGUCUCCAACAACCCAACCACUGUCAUUGCCAGAGUUGCAUGAGGAAAGUAAUCAUAAUUUGGCCCCUAUUCCUGUAACGAUCAAGCGAGAACCUGAGGAAUUGGACCAGAUGUACCUGGAUGAUGGUAAGUCUUCCACAGCGUAGAGGUUUGCGUUCAACCAUGUUGCUCUAUCAGUGAGUUCCCUUAACUUCCUCCUCCUUUUGAAUUCGGGUGGAAAAGAAAAGUAUAAUUAACAGCCUGGUGGAAUUAUGCUGAGUUUUGCUCGGUUUGUUUCUAUAUGGAAAAAGGUUCUCAGUUUCACUUGCAAUAAUGAAACCAUAUUAUCUAAGCCUUUAAUGCUAUCAGUUAGAGCUGGCUGCAUGACCAACAGCUACACUGCAAUAAUCUUAACUGUAUGGUCUUGGCUUAUGCCUAUGUCAGUGACUCAUGAAACUGCAGUGAAAACAUAUUUAACAUUGUUCUGUCCAUAAUGAAGUAAAAUUUCUGAUACACAAAUCUUUGCACUGGAACUAAAUGAUAAACUGCUCUCCUUCAGUUGUGAAAAUUUAAAUUAAAAAUAGUGACACAUCUUCCAGCGUAACUUUUCAGUCUGGUGGCAUCUGAUAUUACUUCUUUUUCUUCCAUUCUUAUUCUUACUGAGGACUUGCUCCUGCUUUUUUCUUUUUUUUUUUUUUUGGUAAGAUUUUCUAUGCAUAUAUAUUCUACAUGCACCACUGAAAUAUUAAAAUGCUGCGAUGAACUUGUCAGACUCCAGCUUCCGAAGAUUUAUUAGCUGAGCAUAAUAAAAGGGGUAAUCUGGAAUUUGAUUAUGUGACCUCACUGAACUGUGAUUUAGCACAUGCUGCUAAGUAUCCCAGAAGUAUUCUGAACCCUCACCUUAAUGCAGUACGUGAGUUCCCUUCCAAUAGCCAUAUAACUUUAUGUAACAUACCAUGCCAUGCUAUUUGAAAAAGAAAUGCCUUUGAAAUGGCUGCAUUGAAACCAAUUAGUGCCAAGGAACCUGUGAAUGCAACUGUCUUUCAGGGAGAAUUUAAAGACAGUUCAUUGCCAAAAAAACAAACCAAUUUUUAUUUUAGACAGCAUGAUACUACCUGAAUUAGGAUUAUAAAUGAAUGUUUAGGAGCAGUCUUUUGAUUUUCAACUCUGGGAAAAUCAUUUUAGCAACAGAAGUUGUUAUUGAUUACAUCAUAGACAGGUCUGAGGAAUUCCCCUAAUUAGGAGUUCAGUUUACUAAAGUUUUGCACAACACAUUAUUUGAGAGUGUUAUCUUCAUAUACUGUACAUUUUUCACCACUAUAAAGCUAGUCUAUAGCUGUCUUUCUAGAAAAGUACAAAGAAUGGAUAGUCUUUCUGCCAUACUUCUCCAAAAUCCAGCAAGCACUUCUGUCACAGCAUUACCAAGCCCACCUUUGUCUCAUCUCUGCUGGAGGAACUGGACUGCAGCUGAGAUAUGAAGAGUAGAGCUUAUCAACCAUAUCUACUUCAGGUCUCUCCUGAAGGAUCACAGGAGCUUUGUUGCAGUGUGAUCUGGAACAGAAGUUUUAAUCAUAGAAUCAUAGAAUCACUAAGGUUGGAAAAGACCCACAGGAUCAACCAGUCCAACCAUUCACCCACUACCAAUGGUUCUUGCUAAACCAUGUCCCUCAACACUACAUCCAAACGUUCCUUAAUUUAUUUAGCAACGUUCAUUCUCUCUGACAAAGCAGAAAUGGCUUAGUCCUUACCCAUUUCUGUUCCGUUCUCUCUUCUGGACACACAUACAUACCAGUCAUCUGACAGACAGACAGAAGUAAUUGCAGAAACCACCAUGUACAUCUGCACUGAUACUUAAAGCUGACUUUGAGGAUCUAUUCAGCUCACCAAAUUCAGACAUAUUUCCCUUUGGCAUCCAUCAGGCUAUCAAAAUCAUUCAUUCCAUGGCUGACCACAAGAACUAUAAGCCAAAAAAUAAUAUGUAGAUGUAACAGGGCAAUGAUAUAUAAUAGAAGAAAAAUAACGUAUGUCAUUUCAGAAAAUUAAGCAAUAGCAGUUCGCUCUAUGGGUAAUCAGAAAUGGUAACUAGAGGAGCUACCUGUUCUGUGACUACACUGAUGUUUAGGUCUGUCACAGACUAAUGCAGCCUUGUCCACGUGAGCUUACUGUUACCCGUCUGUGCCCUAUCUCACUGCCUAAAGAAAAGGCCAUCCACUCUGUGCCUUGCCUUUGAUGAUGUCAGGAAAAGAGUACUACUGUCUUCUUGUUCAUCUCUGUGUUGGGUCUGAGAAAGGAACUGUGCAGCAGAGGAGCUGGAGGGUGGAACCACAUCCUGUGGGAUAUGUGCUGGCCAGGACACUGACACACCUCAGACACAGCACAGAAGCACAAAGCUGUAUGUCAGGCUCAAAGCCAGUUUACAUCUAUGCAUUCAUGGAGGCAACCUAAGAACAACCUGUGCAGAUAAUGUUUUCACAUUACAAUUAAUCUGAUUAACUUAUAGGCUCUCCAUGGAAAGGGUUGCAUCAGUCCAUCUAGGCCACAUGCUCUUGCUUCUUCCUUUGAGUAAUAUCAAUUAAUUAUGUAGCAGCAAACAGGCUAAUAGGAAAUUAUCUCUACAAGAAUAACAAAAUCUACACAGUUUUCCAUUGGAUCAGCUCAUUGAACUGCAUUUGGUGGGUCCAGCCCAUCAGGAAGCCUUUUGCAGUAGGGCCACACUGGGUGGCAGACAGCCCACCCAUAGUCUAGAGUGUGCAAGACUUGCAGCCACAUCUGAUGUCAUUUUAUCUUCCCCAGCAAAUGUCUAAUCGGCUCAUCCUGUCUCAGCAAAAAAAUCCCCAUAUCAUGCUCACCCCCUACUAAUGAAAGGCUGAUGUCUUCCCUUCCUGACACAGUCUCAAAGGACAGUUUGGCCACUGUGGGGACUGCCUAGAAACUUAUGUGAUUGCAGUUGGUGUCCCAGUAGGUGAUGCUCAGUGAGAUAUGUACCCCAUGUGUGCAGUGCUUUUGUGCCUGGGGCUGUCUCAUUCAGACCUCUGGUACUAAUUGUGGAAUAAGGCACUGUCCAGGGGAAGAAUGGAUUUUACAUGUGCCUGAUUUUUUUUUUUAAUGUAUCACCAUUGUUUAUUGUUCAGUUGUAUCCAUCUUUAAAUUAUAUAGCAUAAUUUAAAUUACUUUUAAUUUUUCUAAAUAUUUGUACCUGGCAUCAAUAUGAGAGCUAGAGAGAUGUCAGAUAAACUUCACUGCUUCCCUUCCAUAUUACUCUAAAUAUAUCAACUCUUUCCAUCAUCCUUAAGGUAGAUUAAAAGUAAUGCAGUGUUGAGGUGACACUAAAAAUUAAAUUCACAAAGCUUAAUUCCAUAAAUAAAUAAAUAUUCGUAGUGUCUUGUAACUACUUAAUACCUCCAGUUUUACUUGGAAGUACUUAUGACAAGUGUGAGAUACAGACAUCUGACAUACUUAUGGGACUACUGGACAAAUGAAAUAUCUAACUGGCUAUGCCAGAUGAUAUUUGGUAAAGUUUUGGUUGCUUGUUUUCCUAGAAAAAAAAAAAAAAUCUGGAGAGGUUGAAUUUAUGUAAGUAAUAUAUAUGUAGCAAUUUUGGAACAGGUAUAAACAGAAAUUUUUUGGUUUCAGUUUAUGGGAUCAAAGCAAUGCUCAUUCUUUGUGGUCUGGAGUAACUCCAAAUAUAGACCAUCUAUACUGGAGUGUAAAGAUGGAAAAAAACAGUCAGUGAGUAUAUAUAAUAUAUAUCCUGUACAUAACACUUCUCUGCUUCUGUAAUGGUGGGCAGCUGAACUGAUAUAAAGGGAGCACCCAAAGAGAUUUCCAUUUUGGCAAGUAAGCUUUGGUCUUGGCAAUCUUGUUUUAAAUCAAAAUCUACAGUAGCCACCUGGGUUACUCAUUAAAUGCGCUGUCCGUUUCAAUAUGUGCAUAUAUGAUUCAAAAUGUAUAACAUAUUUCAAACUCACCCCAUAAAGUGAUACCUGAUAUAUUAUGGCUACGCUCUUGAUAUUGAAAACUAUCUGGCUUGUAUACCAGCACUCAUUUCAAAUAAUUAUGAGUUCAACCUCCAAACAAAGAUUAUGGCUGACUCCUGCUGCUGCUUUCACAGCAAGAUUUGAUGUGCUGUUUAAAAGCAUGGCCUGAUGAAGGAGCUGAAAUGUGACAUUUAUGCCUCGUGCUGUUCCUCUGCUGGUUCUUUGCAAUAGAAGACAUGGUGUCUCCUGUCCUCCUUGCCAGGAGUUCUUGCAGCAGCCUGCAGCACACUGCAGCACCCUGGCAGACCAUCCAGUGCUAACACUGUCUCCAUGUUCCUAUGUUGUCCUUGCUCUAGACAGCAAAGAUGACAUGAUUUUCCCCUUACAGAUCUAACCCGGGAGCAGUGCUGGGUGUGUAGGGUGGUAGAGCCCAUGGAAAAUCCUUAGGCAGACAGGCAGUCUGAUUUGUCUUCCUGUAGGACAUCUUCAGUACAGAUACAUGCGGAUAACUGCUUUUGAGAGUAAACAUUUUGGGGGGGAUCAAUGAGUCUAAAGUGCUGUACAGCCUUUGGAAGGAUAAAGCAGAAUUGACAUUGCCAAACGAGACAGCCAGUUUGGGGAAACUAUGAGCUGAUGAGAAUUCUCCCUACUCCCUGAACCAAUCGUUACCUCAAGGGGAUGUGAAAAUUUACCUUAAUUUAUAUCUCACUUUUGAGUAGCUCCUCAUUAGCCCUCUAACAGGGACCUGGGUCAAAAUCUGUGACAGUCUGUUUUUGAAAUAAUCCUACUUUUUUUCUGUUGUCUGGGGGAACUCAAAUAAUUUUUCCAAAUUUUGAAUACUUUUCUUAGUGGUAGAAGAAAUUCCAAGCCAAAAGUGGUGGAGCUGUGUUCACACAGCUUUCAGGAUGUUCAGGCAGCUUGGGGACCAGCCAGGCUCACAACAGGGGAUGCUAAAGGUGACUUGAGAUCAUCUACCUUAUCCCCAUUUCCCUUUCCUGGAUCUAGUGUAGUCUGGGUGUAACACAGAGUCUCCAAAUCUUUUUAUUUCACCAGGAUGGAGAGUUCAAUUAGGUAUGUUAAUGCCAAGAAACAUUUUUUGGGUUGUAACUGGCACUCCCAAAAGCUAUGGCAUUUUUACCUGCAGCAGAAUGAUACUCAACUGUGAAAUUAUUUCCUGCCAUUUAUAAACAUCAAAGAAAUUAGUUUUCAUUACAGAUGAAAAUGAAGCUAUUUCUAAAAAGCUAGUGGGAAACACAUUGGUACCAACAGGAAAAAGGUGGAUUAUUUAUGUUCUCAGCAGAUAUCGAGGUACGUGCUUUGAUCUGAUCUUGCUAUAUGAAUGCAUAAAACUUUACAAAAGCAAUUUUUAAUGAAAAGUGAAACAGCAACCUGGAGGAUUCUUUAAUAAAGGUUAAGAAGCUGAAGAAGGCCUUGGCUUCUUCAACUUCUACCCAAUUUUGUGAUGGAGUCCCAGCCAUUUGUAGGCAGCAGCAAGCUACCGCUGACUGUAAUGGGGCCAGAAUUUCACCCUCAGGUUAAAAAACUCUUUUCCAGAAUGCCCCAGGUCCCAUGGAAAUGCCAGAGCUGGAAUAACAAUAUCUGAAAGACAGAUCGCUUGUCUGAAGUUUUGUGUAUUAAGUCAGCCUCCUCCACUCCACACAGACACAUUCAUAAAAGUCGCUAUGCUGAUCUUCACUUGAUCUGAACUAUAAAUCUUUAUGUAGAUAGAUGAACGUACAUAAACCAUAAACGAAGAUAUCUGAUGUUUAUAUACACGGCUAACAGAAAGUAUCAAAACCAUAUCAUCAUCCUUUUUAAAACAAGGAGGCUUUUGUUCUUGUGAUUGUCUUUGCACAGCUGUGAGUUUUAUAGCGCCGUGCCAAUGAAUGCGCUCAUUGCAACUUUUAUUUUACUCUGAAAAGGUAAAUUGGGAGCAUUAAGCCCCCAAUAAGUAUGUAAAAGUGGCAAAACCACAGGUAAAGUGUUACUGAAAGCUGCAGCCCUGCCAGUCAUUUCAUUUUAAACAUGACUCUUUUAAAAAUAACUUUUGCAGUAAAAGCUGUAACUCCUGGACGUAAUAUGAGCUAUUGCUAAUGUCAUUCCCAUGAAUUGCUUACAGAGUGUUGAACUGUUAGAUGUCUGACAAGUCCAUAUAUCUCCUAUACUGUAUAUAUGAUUUUUUUUUUUUUGCCUCUAGACCAUAUGUUCUUUUUUUUCUUUUUCUUAUUAUUCCUCUGUAUUCUUCAAAUGCACGUGCUUUGGUGAUAUAGUUUAUUUGAACAGGAACUAUAGCAGACAGAAUUAUUCUUUUGCUGAAAUGUAUCCUUUUUCAUACAUCUCAGCGUCGUGAUUAAAGUGAUUGGCUCUUAAGGCAUUAAGUUUAGUCUGCUGCUGCCACAAUUAUGCUUUUGAAAACUCCUGAGUGCACUCUGUGAUUUUCAGUAGUCCAGAUGUCAUUAGAGCAACAUGCAGGUAGUCUGCAAAGUCCAGUAACACUGUCUACACUUCAGUCUGGCUUGUGUGAGCUUUUCCCUCCCUCCUUCUUGGCCUAGAGUAGCAGUUCUGGGAAAAAAACAAAUAGCUGUCCUCAUGGAAAGUUUUACUUAAUCUGGCCUGGUGCCUGCCCCGAGACCCUCCUCACUUCUAAUGAUGAUUGAAAGUGUACAUGCUACUGUGAUAAAACAUGCUGAGUUGUUAACAUUCGGGACUUCGGUUGUGCGUGAUGAGUAAGGGAGGACUGAAGUAAUUUGUUAGUGUCAGAUCUCCGGUGGACUUGCAAGUCUGAAUUUGAGGGGAGUCCUGUUACACAAAACCACACUCCUGGACUAAGGAGGAAGUUUCGCUGCUCUCAGCGAGUUGAAGUGAAUUGAGUCUCCCAAGAGGCUCGCCAAAAGGAAGCCCCCAGAGGAGUAGGUGAUCAGACUAGGUGUCACAUCCUGAGUCCCUCCAGUCCCGUGUGCAUGGGUGCUCUCAGAACAGAUCUGAGUGCCUCUAAUUGCAGUACCUGUGCAAUCUACCAAUGAACUUUUUCUUCUAUCACCAGCGCUUACGUAGCCAGGGAGGCCCUAGAUUCUUGGGCUUUCAAGAAAGAUCUAGCUUCUUCCGGGAAGUCCUGAGUGCCUCCACCUUCAUUCGGUGAUCGUAGACACUUAAGGAGGCACAGAAGUUGGGACCAGGGGAGUGGUAAAGUGAUGGGAAAGCCGUAAAAACCAGUAGGCCAUGCUUUGCAUUGUUUUGAUACCCCAGAGGAUUUUUAGUGCACAAAGUUCAGCCAGCCUCUGUUUGAUGUCAUCUGCAUGCACGCCUUCACAUCAACUGUUUCAUAUCGUUUAGUGUACAGAUCAUGAAGCAUUACACUGCCUCUGUUGAACUGAAUGCCAGCUUCACACUUGGUAGUCACAGUGCAAUUAACUGGGGAAAAAACUGCCCCCCACUUCCAUGUCUGUUUCAUUCUCCUAUUUCAAUCGUAAUGGCUGUUGGCAUUGCUGUUUCAAAUGGUAAAGGUUUCGUGGGUUAUUUUCUGCAAGUUUUCCUUGGCGAUCAGGGGAGAAGAAGUUGCUGUAUCUGAGCCUUUGUAACAUUUACAUCUGCUUUUAAGCCUGGAGGAGCGCCAAGGAAAAUAUGUGGCUUGCAGAAGCACAAGCUUCUUGAGAAAGCUUUGUUCCAAUGCAAUUCAUUUUAGGAAUAUGUUGUUUGUUUGAAACAUUUCUGCUGAGCUGUGCAGUGUUAGCUGGCCAGGUGUGGCUGUGUGGCUCAUGGAUGGCCUCCGUGCUCUCAUGUCCUGAAUCCCUCCUGGCAAAACACUGCUGGGGAAGUUGCUUUAUAAAAUCCCUCUUCUACAUGGAGAGUAUCAUAGAGACCUCUGCUGCAAAUAGAAGACUUGGGCUGAAGCAACUCUCUUACUUAGCCCAGAAAACAUAUACGUGUCAAAGGAAGUGCUCUCAUGAGCAAACUCACUGACUUCACGUACAGUGCUCUUGGCUGAGUGUUAGCAAGCUGUAAUGUUGCUAGACUGCAGAGUGGCAGAGGGCCUGCCUCUGCUCCCACUUAAGUCAAUAACACUGUUCCCUUUGGGUUUAUUGGGAACAGGACCAGGCAUAUGGCUGGUAGUUAAAAUGCAUAAUAGCUGCAUUCAUUGCAAUCUGGUUGCAGAUAGAGAUGCAGAGAAGGAAAUUUUUCUAGGAGAUUCAUGUGCAGCACUGUCAGUUGUGUCAUCUGCAUCUGCUGGACAACUGUGGGCACGUAGCUUGACCAUCACUGUCAAGAAUGGGCUUUUUGAUAACCUGGCUCCUGAUCUUUUCUCCUCUCUGAGGGGCUAGUGCUGAUUGCAACCAAAGAGGGAACGUGCUUUCCACAUGAGGCUUAUCACUAGACUGGGAGGAAGCUUAUGAAAAAAAACAGACCCUCAAAACAUUCCCCUUCUCCUUCUCUGUAACUGAAAAGGCCUCUAAAAUCUAAAUGUUGAAAAAAUUCAGAACUUAUUGGGAAGUAAGAAAUAAGGAAACUAUGGACUUAUUCCUUGUUAACCAGUUUGGUUGGGUUUGUCUGCAAACCAGAAAGCUGGCCCAGUCCUGUUCUACUGGCUUGGCUUGGUUGGUUGGCCUUCUACAUUUUCCAUACUUUCAAGUCUACUACAAGACAGGUAUCAGGAAGUGAGAUGGUCCUGAAAUUAUAUAAAAAAUCCUCCCUAAGCACAUGAAUAUGUGCAUUUGAAUGAUGUUGGGAAGCAAUUAUACUGACCGUUAAAGUCCACAUUUAGUGGAUUAAAUUCUUUCAUCUUUAUGUAGUUACGACUUGUGUUUCCAAGCAUCGUGUUUGUAGAAGAACAUUCCUCUCAUCUUGCCUUUGCCCAAAUGUUAUUUUCUUCUACUUAGUUUUAGCCUUCUGCAUUCAUGUGGGAAUGCAGAAGAUGAGAUUUACUCUUCGUGUCUUUGCUGUCCAGAUUUUUCUUGAUGUGAGCUUUCUGUGGGAGCUAAGGCUAAAGAUUUAUUCCAUCUCAUACCUGUUGUGAUAUCUUUGUGGUUCCAGGGUAGAUAUUGCAAUAGAUAUAACUAACCAAUUCUGAUACCCAGGGAGCAGCAGUCAGCUCUUUUUCUAGUGCUUCAGGGAAAAUAUGUAUUACAUUGCCAUCUUAUGAAUAAACACUUGUGUAAACCACUUAAGAAGUAGAAAAAAAAGCCUUUUGGGGUCAUGGGUGAAGCCUCCAAAAAUGCGAAAAUGCAAAAUAUUUAAACGUUCAUUUCUAUCCUGUAUAUGCAGAUCCAUAAACAAACACAUAAUGUAUGUGUGUGUGCAUAUAUGCAACGGGCUUCUCUGAAAGUAAUGCCUGCUAUUUUAUUAGGUUGAACCACCAUGUCAAAGGCAGAUGGUGGUGGUAUGGUAGGAGAGGUUGAACCUUCCUGCCAGUAUUUCAUUACAGUUUGUUGCUGU